AAUAGGUGGAAGUGUCAGCAUCCUGCUCACCAUCCCAGUAGCUGACACUCGUGCAGAUACAUGUCAAAAUCUGGAUUUUUUCUAGACCUAAAGCUGCAAAGAUGAUGGAGAUCACAGAGCUCCAGAAGAUUGGCGUGGGACUCAUGGGCUUUGGGCUAUUCUUCCUUCUUUUUGGAAUGAUGCUUUACAUGGAUGCAGUGCUCCUGGCCUUUGGAAAUAUCCUGUUCCUGUCUGGUCUGGCUGUUAUCAUUGGACUAAGAAGAACUUUCAGUUUCUUCUUUCAGAAACCAAAGCUAAAGGGAACGAGUUUCUUUCUGGGAGGCAUAGUCAUCGUUCUGCUUAAAUGGCCUCUCCUGGGCAUGUUGCUGGAGAUCUAUGGCUUCAUUAACCUCUUCAGGAGUUUUUUUCCAAUUGCCUUUGGAUUUCUUGGAUCAUUAGUGAAUAUUCCAUUCUUGAGCAAGAUGUUCCAGAAAAUUGGAGACACCAGUUCUGUGGUAUAACCCACAUGAAUGGCCCAUGCCAGGGUCAACUUUCCAUCCUACAAGACAGAAGAUGUCCCCACCCCACAAAUGCAGCCUCACAGUUUACACUUUCAGAUGCACCUCUAUGGUCAGCUGUAGGAAUGUGUAUUGUAAUUGGAAAGAAUUACUCAGAGGCCUUGAUUGCAUGAACAGUUACAGUUGUGUGCAUAGGGUAAGGAUCCAACACUCUGUUGCUGGUUCAUCAGGAUCUUUAUAAACGGUUUUAGCGGAUCCUACUACAGGAUGUAGAGAAAGCAGCUAACUGAGCAAGGUGCUCUCCGAAGAAAUUUUGUGUUUAAACCUUGCUAACAAAUUACUCCCAGAAAGACCCAUGCAAUUGAUAGCUUUACCGUUGUAAACAGCUGCAAUGGACUGGGUAUAUAACAUUUCUGAUUACUUUUCUUUUCCUAGCAAGGCGGAGAAUUUGUCAUCUCACAAUAUUUUGGGCAGCAAACCCUAAUACUGUACCCCCAAACACUGGGCAUCUUAAUUAGUUCUGAUGAAAGUCUGUUGACCCCCAUGUUGUUGGAUUUAGAUUCCCCCACCUCUGUGGAACACAUUGAUUUCUUCUGUCCCUUCUAACCUCUCAUCAAAUAUGUUGUGCAAUUUUUUGUUGGACUGUAAAAAUCUGCAAAAGGUUUUCAUAGACAAAAACUGUGAGAUCAACAUAUCCCAAGUUAAUAUAUCCUACUGCCUUCAACUAUUCAAAAUAUCCAUCAAGAGAUAUACUAGAACAAGAUCUACAAAAGAUAAAUUAGAGUGUGAUCAGAUGACUGCAAAGACACAGACCUGAUUGCAUGGGAAAAAAGAUCCCUUUAAUGGGAGCAAUGUCCCUUAAAGCAGCCCUUCUGUUUGCCAAAGAGUCACUGCAGCCCCGGUCCCCAAAAGUAGAAGCCCUAAAGCUAGACCAAAAAGGUGCAGCUUGGACAUGGAUCAGGGCUGGGCUGGAGCACAUCCCCUCCAUGUCAAGUGAUCGUCGGGAAGUAGAUUGCACAGGACUGUUCUGCUAGCAGUCCAAAUUGCAAUCUAUUUCCCCAUUUGAUCACACCUUUAGAUACUGUAAUGUACAAGAUAUGCUACAGUGUUAUUACAGAGACCAGAGUGAUUUUUUUAAAGUCCAGCUCAAAGAAAUGCUUUGAAUGCCACAACGUUUUAAUUAUUUGUCUUCCAUAAAAUUCAGCAAAAGAAAAUUGGUGGAUGUUCAGUUAACUUCAACAUGUCCAACAAAAUAUUUUGUGUAGUGGGUAGAAAACAACAUCCACUCAGCCAUAUCUUGCAGGUUGGGACCCCUUUUUUAUUUAAAAGAGUAAGAACAGUGACUUAGGCAUCUGCUUGCAGAGCCAGAUUGGGAGUUCAAUUCUCCACUGUGCCUCCUUGAUAGGGGCUGACUUGAUGAUCCAUAGGGUCCCUUCCAGCUCUGCAGUUGAUGAUGAUGCUAUCUGCCCAUAAUG